AUGCAGAUAGAAUUAUUUUUACCUAAUUCAUUUACUGAAGUAACAGAAUUUAUCCUCUUGGGGCUGACAAGCCGUCCAGAACUGAGAGUGGCUUUCUUUGUGGUGUUCCUCGGGGUCUACCUCAUCACUGUGGUAGGAAACCUCGGCAUGAUCGUCCUCAUCAAAAUUGACCCUCGGCUGCACACACCCAUGUACUUCUUCCUCUCUAGCUUGUCUGUUCUGGAUCUCUGCUUUUCCACCAAUGUCACUCCCAAGAUGCUGGAGAAUUUCUUAUCAGAGAAGAAGACCAUCUCCUAUGAGGGCUGCUUGGUGCAGUGCUACAUCGUGAUCGCUGUGGUGCUGACCGAGCACUGCAUGCUGGCCGUCAUGGCCUAUGACCGCUACGUGGCCAUCUGCAAUCCCCUGCUCUACAGCAGCAAGAUGUCCAGGAGUGUCUGUGUGCGCCUGGUCAUUGUCCCUUAUGUCUAUGGCUUCAGCCUCAGCGUGAUGGAAACCUGGAGGACCUACAACCUCUCCUUCUGUGGUGCCAAUGAAAUCAACCACUUCUAUUGUGCUGACCCUCCCCUGAUCAAACUGGCCUGCUCUGACACCUACAGCAAAGAGUUGUCCAUGUACAUUGUAGGUGGAUGCAGUAAUCUCCAGUCCCUCCUGAUCAUCCUCACCUCCUAUAUGUUCAUCCUUGGAACCAUCAUCAGAAGCCGUUCUGCAGAAGGGAGAAGGAAAGCUUUUUCCACCUGUGGCUCCCACUUGACUGUGGUUAUUAUCUUCUAUGGGACCCUCUUCUGCAUGCAUAUGAGACGCCCCACAGAGGAGUCUGUGGAGCAGGGCAAAAUGGUGGCUGUGUUUUACACCACAGUGAUUCCUAUGCUGAACCCCAUGAUCUAUGGACUCCGGAACAAGGAUGUCAAAGAGGCAUUGAAAAAGGCCCUAGGGCAACAAGGAGUGGGGAAAUAG